GAGGUCGAAGAAGAGAAGGGCAAAGAGGAGCGUGCGCCUCUUAGGUGGGAGUCGCUCGGCCAAAAGAGGGAGGCUCGCCUCCGGAGGGGAGCCGCGGCUGCUGGAGUGCGGGUAAUUCGAAAAAUAAGUCUCCACGGGCGACAAGCACACUUGACCGAAGCACACUCGAAUCGGAAGGGUCGAGCACUCGCGAAUAACAAUUAAUAACGCCAGCCGACCUCAGCCAGCGGUCCUCCGCGGGCAGACGCUGCUGGAGAGGGCCUUCCGGGGAUUAUGUGAACGCGUCUCUGCGAGGGCGUCUAGUACUCGUCCGUCAAUCCUUCGUCCCGACGGCAGAUGCUGGCUGGACGCGGAAGUGAAAGCAUGACUUACUGACGAGGUCCCACGUAAAGUCGCUGCGGCCUCGUUCACGGCGAGACUUCGUGAGUGCGGAAGGUCCGGAUCGCCAAAGCGAGCAGCCGAAGGGUGCGUGAGGGAGGGACAAGGUCGCAAGGCUGGCAGACGAUGGCGGUGGCGAGCGAGUCUGCAGACUCGUCGUAAUGACAUGUGACGCGACGAGUUCGCGUGUGCGUGGACACUCGACUGUGCUUGUCAUCAGUUAUGAGAAGGGCGAGCGAGCGGCUUUGAGGGAGUGACGCUGCGGAGAGAAUCGUCGUCGUUGUGAGACCCGCGGGGAAAGGAGACGGAGCGUAGAGAAGUGAUGGAAGACGAGAAGCGCAGCGAGACCUCGCCGAAGCCCUUCCAGCCGACCCCCUUCAGCAUCGCCGACAUUCUCAGCCGUGAGACCUCCUGCGUGGAGCCGAGGAGAUGCGACCUGGAGAAGAUCCAGGCCGCUGUUUUCGCGCCGACCAAGAGGCACAGUCGAGAAUAUGAGCGUGCGGAGCACGAGCACCCGGACGGCAGCUACGAGCACGACCAGGUGAUCCACUACCCGAGGCUGCCCACCCCGGAAUUGGGCACGGUGCAUGAGCUGGACAUCUUGAGGAGGAACCUGGCGCAAGUGAACCUAUCGAACUUUGGCAGCGCGCACUUGACCCAGGGGACUUUCAAACACCACCUUGAGGCUCUGGGAAAUCUGACGGCCUAUCAGCCCGUCAAGGAACCGAUGGAGGCCUCUCACAGGCAGCAGGACGAAGCGUUGGACAUGAGCAAGAACAAGUACUUAGACGAGACCGAGGACGACGCGUACGAGUCGCAGAAUCCGGGCCAGAGUUUGCAGAGCAGGAAGAAGCGCAGCAGAGCGGCGUUCUCGCACGCGCAGGUCUACGAGCUCGAAAGAAGAUUCGCCGCUCAGAAGUACCUGUCAGGUCCCGAGAGAGCGGAUCUGGCACGCGGCUUGAAGCUGACGGAGACGCAAGUGAAGAUCUGGUUUCAGAAUCGACGGUAUAAAACCAAGCGGCGCCAACAGCAGGAACUAGGCGCCCUCGUGAAUUCCGGAAGCGCCAGGCGCGUGGCAGUGCGCGUCCUGGUACAUCCGGAGGAGCAUUUGAGGGGAUUGCCUCUUCGUGGUUCCGGCCAACUUCCCGGACAAAUGUCGAGCCCGCAGAUUCACCCGGCGAACAAAGCGCUCGGGAGUUUCCCGUAUUGUUAUCUGCCGUAUCACCCGCUGCUCUGUCCGCCCCUGCAUGCCACCCACGUUCAGGUACAAAGCGCGAUCACGCCCGACUUUGGGCCGGGCCAAAUCUCCAAAAUCAAGGACGAGAAGUAAACGGCCGGUCGCGCUCUCGCGAGCAUCGAGCGUCCUCCGGCUCAUCGAAAUAAAAAUGACGUCGGGCCGGCAUCUGGUGACGUCAAAAACCCCGUCGUUUUCGGGACGAUAUCUUAGAUAGACCUGUUGUGCGAGAGAGCUGCUCGUGGAGAGAAUUUAUGACUUCUUUCCCGAAAGAAGAAACCCCGAAAGGAGGAACGAGCCGAGAUACUCGACGGAACAGCGCGCGCCAAGCUCCAUCGGGCGAGAAAGUCACGUAACAUGUAAGCUCAGCUUGUAUUUACUUUUUAGACACCGGUCUCCACACGCGAGAACACCUGCCGAGCUUCCUAGCGUCGUGGUGUGACACGCUAGUAACAUUAAUCUACCAGUUACUUCGUAGAGCUGACCGAGAAAAAUCGCCGAUCACCUUCACUCCUUCGUGUUUGUUGUGCAAUUCAACGACGGAAACACAGGAACGAUCGUGUAAAUUAGCCUGUAAAUAAGUGUAUAAAAUGCGAGACGAGAGGGAGGGGCAGCUGCCAAAAUUUACUCAACAUUCACGCCUCGCGGCAGGAUUCCGUUACGCAGAAUCGCGAAGAUGUCGAGCCUUCCCCGCGAGCUCUUUCGUCGAAAGGAGGUGCGAGGCUCGGAAGUAGGCGCGUUUUCUUCACGUUUCUUCUCUCGACAGUCUGCGACUCUCCGAGAUUUCAGCGAUACGCUUCGUACGCUAAACACGAGGACGUCGUCCGAAGGACGUUGCGUAUGAUCGUCAAGUGACAAGUGGGAAACUUCCUUGAGUUACCGAUCCAGCGAGGCCACGCGGGUGCGAUGCCAAAGACGUAGAUUAAAUACUUCACGCUAACGACGAAUUUGUUUUCCGACGUGCCACCGGGGUGUAUCCUGCUCGAACUCAAGCUAUUGUUCCUGCUGCACACCGAGAUGUGGUCGCGCAGGUGUCUUGAAAUAUACGUGUAUCGU